AAAAUAAUUUCAUCAUCCAUCAUUCAUCCCUUUUCUUACAAUCAUAUAAAAAAAUAAUCGAACAAAAUACCAGUAAAAAAAUCAGUACCAUUGAAAUAUUUAACCAUAUCGCGUUAAUCCUUACUUUUGCAGAUCCCACUCAUUUUUGCGUUAUGUUUACUUAAAGUAUACCAUCCACCAAACCAUCGUUACAAAUACAAAAAGAACAAACCAUUCUUUUUUGCCUCACAAUUGUAUUACAUAAAGAUAUACCCCAUUUUUGCGCCAUCAAACCGUUAGCUAUAUUUUUAUGCCCGCUGUUUUACUUUCUUAUGCUUUCUCGUUUUAAAUUAUAAAGAAGUACCUUUAUUAAAUAUAACCUUACAUUUAUACUUACGAGUAAAUAAAACAGAGCCGCAUUUGUGAGUUUUGUUUUUUCAUAUCGUUAAAUAUUACAAUUCAAAAAACCCCACCUUCUGUUAAAUCCGUAUAUAAAGCUUGAUGAACCUCGCUAUACAGAAUCUUGGUAUUAAUGACCCCUUCACAAAUGAAAAUAUUGUUGAUGAGGGGAAUGGUAAACCUAGCACGACCAAUUUAAUACAUAUCAGAAAUCAACAAAGAAAUGGUAGAAAGAGCGUUACGACAGUGCAAGGAUUAGGAAAAACGUAUGAUUUGAAAAAAAUUGUCCGAGCGUUAAAAAAAGAAUUCAACUGUAAUGGAACAAUCAUAGAGGACAGUGAACAUGGUUCAAUUAUUCAACUGCAGGGAGACAAGAGAAAUAAUGUCAAAGACUUUUUAAUACGAGAAGGAAUUUGCGCAGGGGACCAUAUACGUAUACAUGGAGCUUAAGUUCUGAGAUCCGUUCGUUUUCUUUUUAUACAUAUUUUUAUGAAGCCAAUAUAUACAUAAUUUAUAUAUACACACAUAUGUGAGAAAAAAAAAAAAAAAAAAAUAGCAAAAUUG